GUAGAGAAAAAUGUCUUCAAACGGUGGAAAAUAUGCUGCUAAACAACUUCGAGCUGGAAGAUAAGGAUCUUAAAUCUUCAUUUUGUGUCUGUGAAGAAAAAGAGAAAGAUAUCGUAGAAUUGCGACAGCCAAUGAAACUACCAUCGAGUCUAAUUUGCAACAUCCUCCCAGUAACAAAGAAUGGGGAAAAACAGCAUGUUCGCCUUAAGUUACAGGAAUUAAUUGGCGUUCACGACUUGUUGGGACGAAGACAUACAUACAAACUUUCAGCUUUUAUAACACACUAUGGAAUUGAUGCAAAAGAGGGUCAUUUCAACUGUACGGUUUUACGAAAUAAAAGGUGGUUUCUAAUCGACGACAAACUGGUCAAGCCACAACAGUUGUGCGAAACCAUCUUCAACGGAGACGUAUAUAUGCUGUUUUACAGCACAGAAGACCAGAUAAAGGAUAAAAUGGAAGUAACGACACCUCCGAGUCCACCUGAAUGUGUACAGGACAGUACACUCACAGAAAAGGUUGACAGGUAUUGGGACUUGCGCAAGGGACAUCAGCUACAUCACAUUGUAUCACACAUCAACGGAACGCCGUUAAUGUAUUACGACAUCAAGCUGCUUGACCAAGCGCCUUCCGACUAUGAAAAAACAUUGCUUGAACAAUACGCAACCAAACAUGGAGAAACGUAUAACGAAGGAUGGCUAAAUGAUAAGAUAAUAAACAAUUUUCUAAUCGACGUACAAAGAAAAUCUCAGGGUACCAAUCGUGUAGCAGUCAUGAGCAGCUUCAUGUACACAAAACUAUGUAAAUAUGGCGUCCAUUCCAUAACGAAAUGGAUUCAAAAGAACCCAUUCUUUAAAGCAGACCUGUGCUUCAUACCAAUAAAUUUGGACAAUAAUCACUGGAGUCUUGGGGUAGUGGACUUUACUUCAUGUACCAUAUUUCUUUAUGACCCUAUGGCUAUGGCGAUGUUAAGAGAAGAGAGAAGCUUCCACAAAAAAAUUAGAUUACUGAUAGCACACCUUCAAGCAAUAUGCCCAGAAAUGAGUCCACCAGAUGUUAAAUAUUUUGAUAACUCCACAAAAUUUGAGCCCAGACAACUUGAUGGAAGUUCAUGUGGGGUUUUUGUAUGCAUGGUAGCUGAUUAUAUGGUCAAUGGUUUGGAUGUGAACUUUACACAGGAAGACAUACUAUGUUUAAGGAAAUACAUGGCAGUUCGCCUAGCAAAUCCUGAAAAAAACGUCCAAAUACCAAUAAGGAAACAAACUGAACAUUGCAAUGAGGAUGACCAUGCCACAUACACACUUAAAGCAAAGGUUAGAAAUAUUCUGUCUCUAUCAGAUGAUGGCUUAGAGUCUGUCUUUAAAGAAGUAUUAAAUGAAGGUGAUAAAGGAUUCUUAACAAUUAGCUUGGUUUGUAAGCGAUUUAGACAGAUAGUGGGAAGAGACUCUUUUAGACGCACCACUCACUUCGCCUGGUUAAACAGUGUGUGGGAAUGGAAUUCAUCAUCAAAAGAAUUCAAAGAGGAGAAUUACAAAAUGUAUGAAAUAAAAACUUGUUUUCAAUGUGGCAUGUCAUUUAAAGAAAUGUAUGGCUUUAUUGGAAAUGGUAAAUUUGGCGAGUUCAGAAAAUUUUACUCAACUCUUGAAUAUCCAGGAUUCUGCAGUAAAGAGUGCAUUAAAGAAAGCUAAUUAAUAAAGUUGGAAGUAAUUACAUCAGGACUAUAUAUGGCAUAAACCUUUAAGAAAACAUCAUGUUUCAUAAUAUCUGUUGAACAUAAUACCAGGCUGAUAUUUUCACAGAUAGCUGCCACUGUUAAGCCGGUUUUCCACAAGCAAUAUUUUUGCGAAGCAACUUUAUUCCUUUGUAUUUGAGCAAUUUGUUUCAGAUGGUUGCAGUUAAGAGCUCUGGAACAAAUGUAAAAUGUCGAUUCGCACGAAUAAUAUCGCUAGUGGAAAACCGGCUUUAGACAGCCUUUGAUGGUCAUUGUGUACAUAAUAUACUGACAACUCCACAAAUUUAUCACAAUCUUCUUUCACCUAUGUCCUUAUGAAACAUUUCAAUUGGGCUUUGCUAAAGCCCAAGGAAAAUUUUCAUUGUCUUUGAAAAUAUCAACUUAAAAUUUGUUUGUAAAUAUAUGCUAGUAUUUAGUUGAACAUUGUUGUCCAUUUAUAAUAUUCACAUCUAUAUAAAUCACAUAUAAAAUAUUCACAAUUAUAUAGUUUUAAUAUAU